AUGCUUUUAAUAGGGAUAGGUGGAGAGGGGGCUUUUGUCUCCUUUUUGAACCUCUAACUCCAGCAUCACCCUCAGUAGGAGGAGGAGGAGGAGGAGGAGGAAGAGGAGGAGGAGGAGGCAGCAGUGGAAGAAAUAAAUGAAACAGUUUCUGGAACCACAUGUUGCUGGGUUCGACUGAACCACCGCCGCCGCUGCUGCAGCAGCAUCAGCAUCUCCCCCUUCUCUCUCCUCCUCCUCCUUGCCUUGUGCGCCUGCAUGUGUAGUUCCUGCCACCUGUGGCAGAUCUCCUCUUCCCUCUACGCCACGAAAAAAAAGGGGGACAAAUAGCAAAAGAAAAAAAAGAAAAGAAAAAAAAAGCAGUGGAGAGGAGAGCAAAAAGGAGAGGCUGGACGAGGGGAGGUUUUCUUUCAUGAUAAGUGGACUUCUGACAGAGAGAGAGGGAGAGAGAGGGAGAGAUCCACGCUGCACUUGACACAAAUGAAAGAAUCUUAAAGCCAGCAGGAUGCCUGGACUCAUUAACAAGGAGACCCAGUGUGCGCUGCCCCUCAGCGUGUCUGACAUCACCUGCUGCGUCAGGGGUUACACUCUGGCUCUGACGGCCUCCAUGACCUAUGAGAAUAUCGAGGAUCAUGCAAUCGAGGGCAUCUUCAUAUAUCCACUGGAAGAAAACUCCAUUGUUGUAGGGUUCGAGGCUAUGAUUUGCAGUCAGAUUAUAACCCUGCAAGUAAAAGGCAAGGCGAAACUUGAUGAUUGUUUUCAGGAGAGCUGCCACACAGCUAAUGGGGCACUGCAGAGCGGCACAGUUACAGGCAACAUACUGAUGGACGAGGACUUUGAGAGGACAGUGUUGGUGGUUAACCUUGGACUAAUCCCUCCAAUGGAGACCGUCCAUAUCCUGGUCAGCACGUCCUCUGAGCUCACCACGUUGCCCAGCGGUGGCAUCAGGGUCUCGUCCCCACCGGUUUGCACGCCUCGGGUGCAAAGGACCAUCAACGAGGAGCAGGGCUUGUCCCCAAACUUCUCUAGAACGCGUGAAAGACCCAUUUGUGCCUCAAGCCCUCAUGAUCAAAAUCCAAACACCUCCCCGCUGUGGCUGGCUACGCUGCUGGAGGAGGAGGCCAUAAACUCCAUGGACUAUGAAUUUAACUUCCAGCUGGAGAUCCGAGCUCCAUAUCUCCUUGCAGGAGUGGAGAGCCCUUCUCAUGCCAUCCGAGCCGACGCGGACCCUCUGGCCCGCUCGGCCACCAGCGUCGUCAUCACACUGGCAGACAAAUACACUUACGACUGCCCCGUCGAAAUACUAAUCUACCCCAGCGAGCCCCAUGUGCCGCACGUGCUCGUGGAGAACGGAGACAUGACGCAGGAGGAGUACGACGAGUACCUUCACAGUCGGAGCGAUUUCAUCAAAGCAACCAAGAAGGACUCCAGCAAUCAGAGGAAAGUAGAUGUCAUUCACAGACGGCUGCACAAAGACAUCCUACACAACCCCGUGGUCAUGUUGAACUUUUGUCCUGACCUCAAGUCUAUCUGCUCGGACCUGAGGAAAGUUCACGGCGAAUUCAUCUUCCUUAUUGACCGAAGCGGCAGCAUGAGUGGACUCAACAUCCACCGUGUGAAGGAUGCCAUGGUGGUUAUUCUGAAGAGUCUGGUGCCUGGCUGCCUUUUCAACAUCGUUGGAUUCGGAUCCACGUUCAAAUCCCUUUUCACAACCAGCCAGAACUACGAGGAGGAGGCCCUGGCCCAGGCCUGUGAUUACAUCAGGAAGAUGAGAGCCGACAUGGGGGGCACCAACAUCCUGGCGCCGCUCACCUGGAUUGUGAGGCAGCCCACGUUCAGCGGUCACCCCAGGCUCCUCUUCCUGCUCACAGACGGCGCCGUCAGCAACACUGGCAAAGUUAUCGAGCUGGUCCGCAGCCACGCACGCUACAUCAGAUGCUUUACAUUCGGCAUAGGACAGCACGCGUGCAGGAGGCUGGUGCAGGGACUGGCGGCUGUUUCCAAAGGAACGGCCGAAUUCCUGGCUGACGGAGAGAGGCCGCAGCCCAAGAUGAUAAAGUCGCUGAAGAAAACCAUGUCCCCGGUACUCAGUGACAUUUCCAUCGAGUGGCUGUUUCCCGAAACCAAAGAGGUGCUGCUCUCCCCUGUUGGCAACACCUUCCUCUUUCCAGGGGACCGUCUGAUUGGCUACAGCGUGGUGUGCGACACUACCCGUUACCACGACAACCCCAAAUCUGAUAAAAGGAGGAGAUACAGCAUGAUGCGCUCCGUUGAGUCAGCCAGCUCGGUGUUUUACCACUCACAAGAAGAUGAGGCGGGGAAGACCGCAGUCGACGGUCAGGGGUCCCACCGGGAAGCACCACCCGGGACACUCCACGACUCCUACCAGGACUCCAUCACAGAAGGCCGUCUUGUCAGUGCAGAGCCAGACUUCACGGACGACACGUCACCCAGGAGACGCGCUUACAGCACCAACCAACUCAUGGACUACAACCCUGCAAAGAAAACCUUCACUCCCAGUGACCCCAACUCGGUGGCGCCCAAGAAUCCCCUGAGGAGGAGCAAAGUCCAGGACCUGACGGGCCAGAUGAGCCCAGAGCACGAAGCGCAAUGGAAGAAUGACUACCAGCUGGCUGGUCUGUGCGCCACGUCCUUCAGAGGGCGACCCGCCACCUGUCACAAGCCGCCUCCUCAGCAGGAAGACGACUCUGAGCUUCAUCCCCAACCCCAGCUACAGGAUGGCCCUCCGCCAAGCGACAGCAGAGGGGCGCCUAUGCCUCGCACCCCCGCUGGGGAUGACGGGUCCAGAUCGUCCACAGACAGCCCCUCUGUUGGCAGCCUUGGAGACACAGACGGAUACGGACACCAACUGUGCCAAGCCGAAACGCCGCAAGAGACGCAGAAAUCUUAUCCGGGAACGACCGGCCCGCGCAAAGGGGACUGCAAGGCGGUGGUGUCGGGACUGCUGUGUGGACAAACCAUGAAGUGGGAGGUGGUCUUUGACAUCGAUCCCUUUUUAAGCGGCCGGGAACGCGAGGAAAAGGUCCACGAGGAGCUGUGGAACGAGACGUUCCACCACCUGGCCGGGAGCUCCAUCAUACAGGACUUUGAGCACAUGGCCGAGAAAGAGUGCGAGAUAGAGCAAGGUUCUGGCAGGAAGUACCAGGUGUAUGCUAUUCACACUAGCAAAGCCUGCAACAUUCUGAGCAAAUACACAGCGUUUGUUCCCAUUGACCUGGACACCAACGAGUAUUUGCCAACAUGUGUUGAAUGCAUAAAUUCUGCUGCAGGUCUGAAGAGGAGCUCCAGGUCCCGGUCGGGGAGCAGGAAGAACCGAGGGUACUCCAUCGGGCUCGGUCGCUCCCAGUCUGGCGGCAUGUCGGAGGAAGAUAUCCUCCUGCCUAACACUGCAGAGGAUGGCGUCUCUCCAUGCAGCACGCCCUCGUCCGCCGGCUGGGAUAAAUGCAGCUUCACAGAAGUCGCCCCACAAAGGAGUCCAUCUGUGACCUCUGACCAAUCACUGAAAUCGGUGGAGAGUCUUUUUUCUGCCAGGCUGGCCCUCAGCAGGACUCGCCUCUUGACCCGAGCUGCGAAAGGAUUCAUGUGUCGAUCGCACAGCAAGUCCGGCGAUUCAAUAGGAGAGAGUGAAAACGAGAACAAAGACUACAUUCCCCUGGUGCUGCUGCAGCUGGCCAGCGGUGCGUUUCCCCUGGACUCGGCCCUCUGCGAGGCCAUCAACGUGCCGAUGGAGAAGCUGAGGUGGACGUCACCCUUCGCCAGCCACCGCUCCAGCCUGGGCCACCUGUCUCACUCCGGCGGCCGCCGCACCGACAGCGCCGACGACGGGUCCAGAUCCCCGUUUGAGCCGGACCCUCAUCAGCAAGCAGCGGAGCACUCUGCCGCCGUCCAGAGCCCCUCCUGUCCAUCCAGGAACGCCUGGCCCGAUGCUGGUCAGUCCACCGCCUUUGAGCCCCAGUUCUUCCCGUUCCCCCAGACGGAGGCCGCGCGGAGCUCGGGAUGGGGGGGCUCGGAAACAGCCUCCCCUGGCAGCGCGCUGAGGAGGAUGCCGGAUCCGGAGAACAUGGUGUGGGCGACGUGCGUGGCCCUCGCCUGGCUGGAGCACAGCUCCGCCAGCUAUUUCACGGAGUGGGAGCUGGUGGCUGCUAAAGCCAGCAUGUGGCUGAACGCACAGGACAUCCCGGAGGGGAAAGAUUUAGCCUCCAUCAAGGCUGCUGCCAAUCAGCUCUUCAUCAUCCUCAGACACUGGGAUGAAAACCUGCAGCUGAACAUGCUCUGCUACAACCCCAACACUGUCUGAGACCCUAAACAGACCGCUGAGGGCACGGAGCCCCAUGUGAUACUAUGCCGUACCAUCACAGUGGCGCGGCAGAAGCAUGAGCACCCCGUGAACUUUCCCACAUUGUGUCAUUUUACAAACACGACCUUCAGAGUGUUAUCUCGCCUCUUUUACGUCAUAGACCAACACAAAGUAGUUCUGUUGUGAAGUGGAAGGAACAUUUCUCAUGGGUUUAAAAAUCUGAAAGGUGGACUGUGUAUUUUGAUUCAGCCCCCCCCCCCUUUACUCUGAUAACCCUGAAUAAAAUAAAGUGCAUUCGGUUACUUUGAAAAUUAUUCAUUAAUUACUAAGUAAUUUCAAUCCACCUGGGAUGGAAUUUAAUUUCAGAAUAAAUCCAGAUAUUUGGUGAGGGCCUCAGAUCUUUGUUGGAGAGAGUAGACCAUAAAGACCAUAAAGACCAAGAGACACACUAGACAUGUCAGGGAGGAAGUUGUGCUGAAGUUUAAAAGGUACAUAGCCACGUUAUAUGCUUAUAAAAAAAUACCAAAAACCAUUUGAUCAUGAUAAAGUAAAGUUAUAUACACCAAGCGUCCAUCCUGAUAGUAUUUUGAUCGUCCUUUGUGAGCCUAAAUAGAACCCAGCACUGGGUGCGAUGAGCAGACGUAAACAGACGUGGCGCCAUCUACAGGCAGUACAGCAGAACUACCAGAAAGCCAGAUGGCGACUACUAAAUCUCUACUAAAUAAUGCCGUCAGAAUGGCCAAGUCAAAGUAUAGACCCUCAUCCAACCAAGAGUCUGUGCCAAGAGGUUGGCAGUAGCUCCCUAUCCAGUCUGACUGAACCAGGCUAUUCUCCAGAAAAUUCUGUCUCUAGAUGUGGAAAAGUGGUAGAGACGUCGGCCAAAAGAUUUCCAGCUGUAGCAGCAUCGGAAUGGGCUUGAAAUGCGUUCACUCAGCUAAACAGCUAAACGGCGUCUAUUCACCACUUUUUCCCCCCU